AAACUUGGCUUUGUGCCCUGCAAAUCAUGCACCCCUGCGUGAGCAUGGUGCCUUGCCUAGAAUUGUACAACUGUUGAUCAGGGCUCAUCAGGACACACAGAGGAGGGCAUCCAUUAGCUCCAACGGACCUCCACUGACUGGCUACGUUGAUGGUGUUCGCAUGGAGGAAAUUGUGGAGGGAACUGUGGGAGCUCUUCACAUUCUGGCUCGGGAGGCUCACAACAGGGCAGUGAUUCGAGGACUCAACUGCAUACCCCUUUUUGUGCAGCUGUUGUACUCACCCAUUGAAAACAUCCAGCGUGUGGCAGCAGGGGUCUUGUGUGAGCUGGCAGCUGAUAAAGAAGGAGCUGAGAUGAUUGAGCAGGAAGGUGCCACCGCUCCACUCACAGAACUGCUACACUCUAGAAACGAAGGAGUUGCCACAUAUGCUGCUGCUGUUCUUUUCCGGAUGUCAGAGGACAAACCUCAGGAUUACAAGAAGCGGCUGUCAAUGGAACUGACAAGUUCCCUGUAUCGUGGUGAUUCCAACUGGACUGAUCCUCCUGGCUUUGAUGACAUGUCCAUGCCACUGGAAGAUCCUAGAAAUCACAUGUUUAACCCACAAGGUUCUCAGGGCAGCUUAUAUGGACGUGGACCAACAGGUUACGAGCACCUUCCGAUAGACUCUAUGCAGGGCCUGGACAUCGGCAACCCGCACAGCGGUCACUACAGUCCCAUGGACAACCUGCCAGACCUAGGCAGCCAUGAUGAUAUCAACUUUGACAACCUGGAGACCACACUGGGACAUGCGUCCGCUGACAGCGCAAACCUCUGGUACGACACAGACGUUUGA